ACUUUCAUUGUAUUUUCUGCAAAAUUUCUGUAAAAGCUUUACUAUGUGCUUCCUGCACAUGAACUGUUGCAUCAUUUGGGGAUUUCUACAUCAAGUUUUCGAAACCAAAAUCAGAAAUUGAAAAAAUGUCUUCGAAAGAAACAGUAAGUGUUAUAGGAAGUGAGGUAAUGCCUCUAGAGUAUGGUGGGAUGGACUUAGAGAGCAGUCCAUCUAGUUCGGAGAGGACGGUGGAGGAGGUGGGAGGAAGGGAGGGAAUGGGAGGAGGGGAGGUAGUUGGGGUUGGGGGAGAUAGUGUACCCAUCACUGUGGUAGAAGUGGAGGGCAGGAGAGAGAGGUGUUAUGAUGUUGAUGCAGACAUAGUGGAGGAGGAAGCAGCCAGCUGGGGUAGAGGAGAGGGCGUGCUCUGCUCCUCGGGAUCAUUGGAUGCCUGUAUGUGGGGAAGGGGGGAUGCUGAGGUGGAAGUGUUGUCUUCCUGGAAAGUUAAGAGAGCCAACCAGAAUAAGUUUGGUUUGAAUGAGGAUGAGGAGGAAGAGGUGGGAAUGUUGGUGAGGGAGAGUGGGAAUUUAGUAAACAUCAUGUACCUCACCAGCGCAAAAUGCAUAGAAGCUGCUGAGCUCUAUGGGCCAAGCGCUUUAAGUGAAGCUGAAAUGGACAACUUUUUGGGCGUUGUAGGAGGAGUGGCCAUCCCCAAGAAGCCAAGGAAGAAGUCAAAGACUUCAACCAAGCAAGUGGAUGAGGAGGGAGUUGAAAAGGAGGUAGUGCCCAGCACUUCAGCUGGGGUGGAGGAGGAGGUGCCACGGCUGGAGUUGAAGAGGAAGGGUACGAGCUCCUGGCAAGGGAAAGGGCCUUGUUCCCCCGUUGUCCUUUUAGAGCAGCUUGUUCGAGGCGAAGAACAUGACGAGGGCCAGGAGGUUCAUCAAUUUCACCUUUCCCAAAGUGGACAAGCGUUACGUAUGGGACGAGGCUCUGAGAGCGCGAGCUGGGUGAAUAGUCUAGCCCAAGAGUUCAUGGAGAGUGUGAAGGAGCGCUCAUUCUUGCAAAAGCUGAGCCAUUAAGAAGAAGUAAAUUACUUCAGAUGAA